AGACCUAGAGCAUCACAUCAAGUUCAUCGAAGUCCUGGGACCUCCCUGGCCCCUUAAUGGACUCUGGAUAUUGCCCCAUGACUAACACAAAUGACCCUAAGAGAGUGAUGGAUUCCACACUGACUUCCAGUGCCGCCUCAGGGAACAUCACCUUCUCGCAAGUCUUUGGGCAGCAGUGCCAGCUGAUGGAAGCAGCAGUGCAAUCAUUGCAUACCUUAAAUGACCAGAUCUCACAUUUUAUCGUCACCAAGUCGAAAGCAUUGGAGGAAGAUAAAGAUCCCUUUCUUCCCAGUGAGAAAGAGUCCCUGAAGAAUUCCAUGACAUUAAUGAGACAUCUCCUAAUGGAUGCCCAGGCCAAAAUCCUGAGCAUGAUGGAAGACAACAAGCAGCUGGCCCUGCGGAUCGAUAGGGCCAUCCAGGCCGCCAGCCAGGAGGUGACCAACCUAAGAGCCGAGCUGACCGCCACCAACCGGAGACUGGCCGAGCUCAGCGGCCCCGACCCCGCCAUCAUGGACAACAACCAGCACCAUACGCAAGUGCUGUUACGAGAAGAAGUGUCUCAGCUGCAAGAGGAAGUUCACCUGCUCCGGCAAAUGAAGGAAAUGUUAACGAAAGACCUGGAAGAGUCGCAUGGCAGCAAAUCCACUGAAGUCCUGUCUGCUACUGAGCUCAAAGUCCAGCUGGCCCAGAAGGAGCAGGAGUUAGCCCGAGCCAAAGAAGCGCUGCAAGCCAUGAAGGCCGAUCGUAAGCGUUUAAAGGUGGAGAAGACAGACCUGAUGAGCCAGAUGCAGCAGCUUUAUGCCACCUUAGAGAGCCGAGAGGAGCAGCUUCGUGACUUCAUCCGGAACUAUGAACAGCAUAGAAAAGAGAGUGAAGAUGCAGUCAAAGCAUUGGCAAAGGAGAAGGACCUGCUGGAACGGGAGAAGUGGGAGCUCCGGCGGCAAGCCAAAGAAGCCACCGACCAUGCCACAUCACUCCGCUCCCAGCUGGACCUGAAGGACAACAGGAUGAAGGAGCUUGAGGCUGAGCUAGCCAUGGCAAAGCAGUCCCUAGCCACCCUGACCAAGGAUGUGCCCAAGCGGCACUCGCUGGCCAUGCCGGGUGAAACGGUUCUCAACGGGAACCAGGAGUGGGUGAUGCAGGCGGACCUGCCCCUCACCGCCGCCAUCCGGCAGAGCCAGCAGACGCUGUAUCACUCCCACCCCCCACACUCCACAGACCGGCAAGCUGUCAGGGUGAGCCCAUGCCAUUCCCGUCAGCCUUCCAUCAUCUCCGACGCAUCGGCCGCAGAAGGGGACAGGUCAUCCACCCCUAGCGACAUCAACUCUCCUCGACACCGCACACACUCUCUUUGCAAUGGGGAUAGUCCAGGACCAGUUCAGAAGAACCUGCACAACCCAAUUGUACAGUCCCUAGAGGAUCUCGAAGACCAAAAAAGGAAAAAGAAGAAAGAGAAGAUGGGAUUUGGCUCCAUCUCCAGGGUCUUUGCCAGAGGGAAGCAGCGGAAAUCCCUAGAUCCAGGCCUCUUUGAUGACUCCGACAGCCUGUCCAGCCCAACCCGCCAGAGCCUCAGCUUGUCCGAAGGGGAGGAGCAGAUGGACCGGCUCCAACAGGUGGAACUUGUCCGUACCACACCCAUGUCCCAUUGGAAGGCCGGGACAGUCCAGACGUGGCUGGAAGUCGUCAUGGCAAUGCCCAUGUAUGUCAAAGCCUGCGCAGAGAAUGUGAAGAGCGGGAAGGUCCUGUUAAGUCUAAGCGACGAGGACCUGGAGACAGGGCUCGGUGUCUGCAGCUCCCUGCACCGUCGGAAACUCCGGCUGGCAAUUGAGGACUACCGGGAUGCCGAGACAGGCAAAUGCUUGUCUAAGGCCUCUGAGCUGGACCACCACUGGGUGGCCAAAGCCUGGCUCAGCGACAUUGGGCUGCCCCAAUACUCCCAGGCCUUCCACAACCACCUCAUCGAUGGGCGGAUGCUGAACUCGCUGAUGAAGCGGGACCUAGAGAAGCAUCUGAAUGUGUCCAAGAAGUUCCACCAGGUCAGCAUCUUGCUUGGGAUCGAGCUCCUGUACCAGGUGAACUUCAGCAAGGAGGUUUUGCAAGAAAGGCGUGCCCGGUGUGAGAGCCAGAACGUCGACCCCGUUGUCUGGACGAACCAGCGGGUGCUCAAGUGGGUGAGGGAGAUUGACCUGAAGGAGUACGCAGAUAAUCUUACAAACAGCGGUGUCCAUGGGGCGGUGCUGGUACUGGAGCCCACGUUCAAUGCUGAGGCCAUGGCGACGGCCUUGGGGAUCCCCAGUGGCAAGCACAUCCUCAGAAGGCACCUGGCAGAGGAAAUGAGUACCAUCAUCCACCCAGCCAAUCCUGCAGGCAUCCGGGAGGCAGAGAGAUUUGGAACCCCUCUGGGGAGAGCUUCCAGCAUCACACGGCAAGGCAAGGAGGAGAAUAACAGCAGCUUAAAGUACAAAGCUGGUCGGCUUCCACUGGGAAAAAUAGGAAGGGGGUUCAGUGGGAAAGACCUCGACUUCCAUGAUGAUUAUGGCUCUCUCCGAAAUGAAGACUGCUAUGAUGACGACCCCCAGAGCCGCCCAGAUCAGUGCCGUUUGGAAAACUACAGUGGGCUGGAAAUCUCAAAUGUUUAAUGGAUCAGAUAACUCCAAGACCCACUGCACUGAAAGCAAUGGACCAAGGGAAAAUCUGAAAGGGGAAAGAUUCACGAAGAGACCACAUUUGGCUGGUAGAGGCUGAUUAAAAUGGAACAAUGACAUUUAUAUACUUGGAAUCAGGGACCAGUUUUGUCAAUCUAGAGCAGCAGUCACUGGACUGAAGGACUUUCAGAAUCUUAGCCCCAUUGAACACCUAUGGGUUGAGAGGAACUUGAAUUUUUCCCCAACCACCUGUGGGCGUGAACUUUUGGGCUACUGCAGGAGAUCAAAAAGCAAAUAGAAUCAAGUCUGACUGAAGCUCGGUGGUCCGAAGGAGAGAGAAGUCCUGGAAUAAUGUCAAUAACCAUUCAUUUCACUGCUUCUCUCUCCCUGUCAGCCUUGAUUCUGCACUGUGAUUAGCUCUUUCAGCCCUUCCAAAACUGGGGGUGCUGACUCCCCAAGAAAUGCAAAGCCAAGGUCCAAACCUGGCUCGGCCUUGGUCCUGUGGGUUUUCUGUUCACAGGAAUUAAUUUGAACCCAGGUAUCCCAGGAAAAUUUCAUCUUGGUCCAAUGCAUUUCCCCUCCAGGAUCCCUGGAUCACUGCUCUUCUUUCCUGGCCUAAGUCCCUGGGCUGUGGCUACUUUGCCUGCUGCCCCAGAAUUUUAAGGAGAGAGUGACUGGAAUGAGUGAUCCUUCCACACACAUCAUCCGAAUGUGCUUUGGGACCUUUCAUCUGAUUGAAGGGAGGCGAUGAAACACAACAGCAACAUCCAAGAACAACUGAGUCUUCUUCUAGACACCAGAAGCGUGGGAAACUACAUUUAGCCACAAGAAAUCUUCCUUAACCCAUUUAAGAGAUCCUGCAGCUUGGAGAUGGAUGGGUGGGUGGACGAAAAAUACCGCUUAACGUUAAACUAAUACAUUUGGUUUUGAUCAUGCCGUCACAUGUAUCUUUGCCUGUCUGUUCUCUAAAGACUUAACUCAGGCAUAUGCCUAAAGAGGGAGGUUUGGUAAGGUUUGUUGGAUAGAGGCUGGAUUGGUCACCUAAGGACCCGUUCCUGUUCCUGGCUGAAUUGCUGUGUGACCUUUGUCUAGUGAUUUCACCUCUCUGUGCCUCACCACCUUCAUCUGUAAAAAGGGGAAAAUUCUGGUGGCCCCCUACCUACCUCCCAGGAAUAGUGUGAAGAUUAAUACUCUAACAUCAGUAACGUGCUUUAUAACUCCUCUGAAGAAUGGUGCUAUUGUACCAGUAUCCCUCUUCUUCCCAGGUCAGACUGUGGAGUAUGUAACAGACAUGGCAUCGGCUGAAACCUGACUGACUCUUCUCAAUUUAUGAAUGGUGGCAACAGCACGAAUAGUGAUUGAGAAUGAAAAGAUACAGAAAUGGGAAACAAAUUCAAAUUUGAAAUUUCUAUCUUGGUCAACAGAAUCAAUGUUCAACAGUUGGCCCUUAAAUGUUAAAUCCCACUCAGUUUCCCCUUCAAUCAGCCAUAAGCACUUUAAAUGACAGUUUUUUUGAUGUUUUUCUGAAUCCCAAAUCCCACAGUGAAGUUUGAAGCUGGUUGUCAUCCACAUUUUUCAGUAUGUGUCUCCAGAAAGCCAGCAUGUGCAGGACAUGGGAGUCUGUGUUAAAUGCUGCCCCGUAGGUGGGGAGAACAGCUGGUGGAUAAGACUUAGGGUUGGGCUCCUACUGUUGUACAUUAGAUUUUGUGCAGGGGGUGAGAAAGUUAAAAAAAAAUCCAAUACUUUCAGUGCUCACUUUCAAAAUAGUCCCUCUUCCAGCUAAGAAUCCCAGUCUGCAUUUGUAACACACAUUUCCUUACAUGCAAAUAGAGUUCAUUAAACAACUUAUGCUCAUUGUAACAUACUAAUGUGGGCUCUGUGAGCAAUAGACAUCACUGCUGUCCGUAAUCAUUCCCUAACAGGACAUUUAAGGAGAGAAAAGUUAGAAAGCCAUUGAAGUGUUUUCAUCCACUGCUACAUUCUACCCACUUUAUACUACGAACAGCUGCAGAAUCACCACUCUGAACUAUUGGGAAUUCUGGAGCGAAAAACUUCAUUACACACUGGAGAUUUCAUCCCUUUCAUUUUCAUGACGAGGGGAGCAGAGUUUGCCUAGCUGGGUUUGAUGGCAAAGUAUUGUGGGGGUUUUAUGUAAAUGAAUUUAAGAUGAUGCAGUUUUCCCCUAAAGGUGGUCACUGAGAAAUUCUCACCUUUGAAAACAGUGAUCAUGACUAAAAUUAUUAACAGUUCACCAGGCUCCCCCUUCCCCACUUUUGGAGAAAUGGUCACAAAUUUCCAUCUUAGAUCCUGUCAUCAGCUAGAACAGCAGAACACCAGAGAAAAGUCCUGCUUUUGGCUAAAGUCUCCACAAUCAGAUAGAAAUUCUUGCCUUUUAAAGUAGAGAUGGUGGCUAAAAUUAUUUACGAUGAAUCAGAUUCUCUGUCCCCACCUGUGGUGAAGCAGUCACAAAUCUCCAUCCUAGAUCCUGCCACCAGCUAGAACUCCCAAGGACCAGGCGAAAGUCCUGCUUUUGGCCAUAGUCUCCACAACAGAAAAGGUUCAGAAAACAGUAGCAGCAGCAGGGAGAUGGGGGAUAAAAUAGUGGUCACCCGCAAUCAGCUCUCCAGAGAAAAGUUGUUUUGGGGCUCCACACCUGUCAGUUGCAAAAAGAAUCUGGGGAGCCAAUGGGGGCAAGAGCCAGCUGCUCUCACCUACUUUAAUGUAUUUCCUCCUGCUGCUGUUGCUUUGCUGGGUGGUUAUUGUGGAUAUUUAUGUGUAGAAAGUGAUUGCACGUUUAUGCGCCUUUGAAUGGACGCCUGUGUUUAUGUGCCUUUGGAUGGAGGCCUGUGUGUGUCUACUUGUGUGAGUGCAAAUAUGUGUCUCUCUGGGUGACUGGGUGUCUGCUUUGUGAGGGUGUGUGCCUGUCGCCCCUGCCAAAGUGGGUUUGUCAUGCUUGUCUGGGGGUCUGGCCCAGUCUUUCCACUUCCGCUCUAUCCAGUCUCUCACAUUUUCUGUCUCCCUUCGUUGCCUUUCUCUCACUCCAACACACAUGAAUCACUGGCAUCCUCUUGGAGUCCCAUCCCUGACCCUUCACCCCUGACCCAGGAGGAGCAGAGCUUCAGAAAAACUGACACUUUGCAUCGGCACUGAAUACUUUUUGGGCAACAAAUUCUGAGCUGCCCACUACAGUUAAUCCAGGUGAAAAUGGUUUAUAAACCAAACCAUAAUGGUCUGCUUCUUUGGGGGCAACCCAGGAUUGGGUGGGGCUCUGGAAGGAUUGGCUGGGAGUUUCCCAGACAUCUGAGGUUCUUUGGGUUGGUGCUAGGCCAG